AUGGACGCCGACUCUCCCGAGGUCACUAUCCUUCUUCUGGGCGAUGCAGAAGUUGGUAAGUCGACCUUCCUCUCACGACUGACUCUCGGCAUCCAUCCUCAGCAUGAGUCGCUACCCCCGUAUGAGCUACCCGUCUUGCGAGACGGCGACCAGCCAUUCACCUUCAACAUAACCAUGUACAACCGGCCAUACCGCUUCUGCUUCUACGAUACUGCGUCGCCGAACAACUACACCCUCCUCAAGCCGUCUUUUAUCAUUCUUUGCUUCGACAUAUCGAAUCGCUCCACUUUGCACUCGCUGAAAACGCGUUGGAAGAAUUUCGUCGAGGCCCAUUAUAACUACGACGAGCUAUUACCAGUCAUGGUCCUCGGUCUGAAGCGAGACCUGCGAGUGGAAUGGAAAGAAGAGGAGAAAAAAGCCGGCAAGCUCGGCGUCAGCGUCAUGCCCCAGGAGGCACUGAAUGUUGCCCAAGAGAUGAUGUGUGAUCGCUAUGCGGAGUGCAGCGCUCUCACUGGGGAACUGUGUCCACAAGUCUUGGAGGAUGUUGCCAGGACCGCAGCCAAGACUACUACCGAGAAGGGUGGUAGGACAGCUCCCACCGAAUGUAUGGUCAUGUGA